UCACUCCGUUUUUUUUGUUCCGUGCGCUGUCGACAGGCAACAUUGGUAGGGGGAGAGUAUCGAGUAGAAAUAAAAAGAAGAGUUCCCCAGAACAGACGCCGACCUGGGACUAUCUGAAUAUCUUUCCUGUGUUUUCUAAAGGUUGGCUCCAUCGUUGCUCCUUUGAUAACAAGAGACGAGGAUGGCAAUGCAAAUGGGCGAGAUGGAAAGCGGCAGGGUAAAGGUUCAAGAGUGGAGCCAGACGAUGUACGGGUUCGACUCGGGCAUCCAGUCGGGAGCCACCACCAUCAGAGAUGAAGACGGCGAUUACAGAACCUCCACGAGUUAUGUUACGACCACCGUCACCAGUGAAGACCCUGGCAUCCAGAGCACGUUGAGCAGAACUCAGCGCGUCCGAGCUGCGAUGUUCCCCGAGACGCUGGACGAAAGCACCGUCAUCAUGUCAACCCAGACGGGCUCCUCCCAGAUGACCAACGUCCAGCAGCUGGCCGAGCCCUCGCAGAUGCUUAAACAGGCCAUCAUCCAUCUGAUCAACUACCAGGACGACGCCGAGCUGGCCACAAGGGCCAUCCCGGAGCUCACUAAACUGCUCAACGAUGAAGAUCAGGCGGUGGUCAGCAAGGCGGCGCAGAUUGUGAACCAGAUCACCCACAAGGAGGCCUCGCGCCGGGCCCUAGUCCAGUCCCCCGUGCUGGUGCCGGCGGUGAUCCGGGCCAUGCAGACCACCACCGACAUGGACACAGCCAGGGCAACAGCCAGCAUCCUCCAUAAUCUGUCCCACUCAAGGGAGGGUUUGCUCUCCAUCUUCAAGUCGGGAGGGAUUCCCGCUCUCGUCCGCUUGCUCAGCUCUCCCGUGGAGUCUGUGCUCUUCUAUGCCAUCACCACGCUGCACAACCUGCUGCUGCACCAGGAGGGAGCCAAGAUGGCCGUGCGUCUGGCCGACGGACUGCAGAGGAUGGUGCCGCUGCUGAAGAAGCAAAACCCCAAGUUCCUGGCCAUCACCACCGACUGUCUGCAGCUACUGGCCUAUGGCAACCAGGAGAGCAAGCUGAUAAUCCUCGCCAACGGAGGUCCCGAAGGUCUUGUGGACAUCAUGCGAAACCACAACUAUGAGAAGCUGCUGUGGACCACAAGCCGUGUCCUCAAAGUCCUGUCUGUGUGCCCCAGCACCAAACCCGCCAUCGUAGACGUUGGUGGGAUGCAGGCUCUGGGUAAACACCUGCAAGGCUCAAGCCAGCGCCUGCAGCAGAACUGUCUGUGGACUCUCAGAAACCUGUCUGACGCUGCGACCAAGCAGGAUGGCGUCGAUAACCUGCUGCAGGUCCUGGUGGGACUCCUCAGGUCUGACGACAUGAACAUGCUCACCUGCGCCACCGGCAUCAUGUCCAACCUCACGUGCAACAACAGCAACAACAAGUCUCUGGUCACCCAGUGCAACGGCGUCGAGUCGCUGCUCCAGGCCAUAAUGCGCGCCGACGGUAAACAAGACGUAAUAGAGCCGGCGGUCUGCGCCCUGCGGCAUCUGACUUCGCGGCACCAGUAUGCCGAGAUGGCACAGCACGAAGUGAGAGACAAAUUUGGCAUCUCCCUGCUGGCCAAACUGAUCACCGCACCUUACUACUGGCCAGUCGUCAAGGCUACGGUUGGCCUGAUCCGUAACUUGGCCCUGUGCGCAGAGAACCAGGAACCCAUCAGAGAAGCAGGAACAAUCCCCCGUCUGGUUAACCUGCUGCUCAAGUCCCACCAGGAUGCUCAGAAAAACGCUUCAUCCAAUCAGCAGACAUACCAGGAUGGUGUUAAGAUGGAAGAGAUCUUGGAGGGUUGCACAGGAGCUUUGCACAUCCUGGCAAGAGAUCCCAUCAACAGACAAGAAAUUGCCAGCUUAGACACGAUUCCACUCUUUGUCCAGCUCCUCUACUCCCAAUCGGACAACAUGAAGCGGGUGGCGGCAGGCGUUCUGUGUGAGCUGGCCCUAAUCAAAGAAGCAGCCAUAACCAUCGACGCCGAGGGAGCCUCAUCUCCACUGAUGGACCUGCUGCACUCCGAGAAUGAGGGCAUUGCUGUCUACGCCGCAGCUGUGCUCUUCCGCAUCAAUGAGGAUAAGACCCCCGACUACAGGAAGCGAGUCUCUAUGGAGCUCACCAACUCUCUGUUCAGACACAACCCUGAGGCCUGGGAGGCGGCCCACAACAGUGUCCUUGAAGGAAACUAUCCAGAUGAAAUGGAAACUGGUUACCCGGGCUAUGCGUACCAGGCUGAAGGGCCAUUGGAGAGCUUCGAUGGACAUAUGAUGCCGGACGAAUUUCAGCAAGUACCACCCUACGACAGACAGUACAACCAGCAUUAUUAACGGAUGCUGAAAGAGAGAAGAGGAGGAAGCAGAGGACCUAAAGUGGGAUUCAACGGUAGAGAGAAGAGGAUAAUACAUUCACCAGUAGAGAUAACUCCCUCUGCUCUCCGCCUGCUGUAAAAUAUGCAAUUAUCAUCGAGUAUGGGACUCAUAAUCUUAACAGGGCUCAAAUUUGUGUUUUAUAGGAAGAAAAAAAAUAAUGAUUCUUAAUGACAGCUUUUAAGUUUUUGUUUAAAAAGGAAAAAAAAAACUUUUCAACUCGUGUGCAUGCAAGUGUGCGUGUGUGGCUUUAUGCUUCUGGGUGGGUUUCAUAUGCCAAAGAGAUUUUUAUUUUGUGACGAUAAUCAUGUAGCCUCCUUUAUUUUUUUUCUUCCCCCCCCCAUUUUUAACAUUUAAGAAAAUCUUUGAGAACACUGCCAGAGGUGUCUCAUUGUGCACAGUGCACCUACUCACUGCUCUGUUUUAAGCCUUUUUUAAGAAGAAAUAAAAAUCACUGGCCUUGCCGUAGCUUUGGCACGUUGUACCGUCGACGUUCUGUCACCGUGAGCCAGAAGUUGAUCGCAUUAACAUGUUCUUUAGGUGAUGAUUCAAUAAAAAGGGAGAUGCUUUGAGAGACCAGAGCAGAGCUGUUGCCCACUCUUGUGUAAUCAGCUGAUGUACCGGAAGUGGAGACAUUUAUCUUUUCUGAUUUUCUGUCGUUUUAUAAGUUGUUCGCUCGGAGAACUUCAGCGUAUACCCUCCACGGAUUUAGCAGAGAUGUCUUUGAUUUUUGAAGUGAAUUUUUAAGAGAAACUGAUGCGUAGCUGUGGUUAAAAAUCGCAACAAGGAAGGUUGUUGGAGAUGAGAGGAUGGAGUCCGGAUGGCCUCACAGCUGCCAGCGUACUACUGACAGGGAAAUCUUUCUAUUUCAUAAAGAGUUUUUACUGAGAUUUUGUUUAAUAAAAAUAAAGGAUAUAUUAAAAUGCA